AUGGAGAACAUGGCGGCAAGAAACCAUUGCACAGUGACUGAGUUCUUGGUGGGGCUCUCAGAGAAACCAGAACUCCAGAUGCCCCUCUUCCUCCUCUUCACUGUAAUCUAUUUGGUUACUGUAGCAGGGAAUCUGGGCAUGAUCUCCCUGAUUGGGCUCAGUUCCCACCUGCACAACCCCAUGUAUUAUUUCCUCAGCAGUCUGUCCUUCAUUGACUUCUGUCAAUCCACGGUUGUUACCCCUAAAAUGCUGGUGAGCUUUGUGACAGAGAAGAACCUCAUCUCCUACUGUGAAUGCAUGACUCAGCUCUAUUUCUUUAGCUUGUUUGGCAUCGCAGAAUGUUUCACAUUAGCUGCAAUGGCAUAUGACCGCUAUGUGGCUGUCUGUAGCCCUUUUUUUUUUUUUUACAAUAUAACCAUGUCCUAUCAGUUUACUAGUUCCUUGAUUUUAGGAGUGUAUAUUUUUAGUGUGCUCAGUGCAUCAGUUCUCACGGGCUUCAUGAUAAGGGUUUGUUUUUGCAAAUUAGAUACGAUUAACCACUAUUUCUGUGACUUUCUUCCCCUCUUGAAGCUUUCAUGCUCUAAUACCUAUAUCAAUGAAUUGUUGAUUCUAAUUUUUGGUACAUUUAAUAUUUUUGUCCCAAUUCUCACCAUUAUUACUUCCUACAUCUCCAUUACUGCCAGCAUCCUCAGGAUUAAAACCACAGAAGGCAGGUUCAAAGCCUUCAGCACCUGUAGCUCCCACAUCUCUGCUGUUGCUCUCUACUUUGGUUCUGCUGCAUUCAUGUACUUACAGCCAUCUUCAAUGAGUUCGAUGUACCAAGGGAAAGUGUCAUCCGUGUUUUAUACUAUAGUUGUUCCCAUGCUGAACCCAUUGAUCUACAGCCUAAGAAAUAAGGAUGUCAGUGUUGCCUUGAAAAAAAUACUUCAAAGAAAAAAAUUAAUGUUUUAG